UCAAAUGGCCUUGAGAUUGGAAAUCAUACCUAAAGGUAUGGAUAAGGUUAAAGCGCAUGAUUCAGGAAAUGUAAUGGUGCUAGAAGAGAAUUUGGUCUUGGGCAAUCAUAAAAUUGGUUCCAAACAAAAACAAAAAG